AACACGAUGGCGGCGGCUCCUUUAGACAGCCGAAGGGGGGUUUAGGCCCGGAAGAUCCGAGUCCAUCCGCGGCGGGGAGAGGGCAAGCGGGGUUGGCAGGGGCCGGAGCAGCGGCGGCGGGGCUCGGACUGUCCCAUCCAUCCCGUAUUGAGGCGCUGGGAGCGGCGGGGCGGCCAGAAAGCGAUGGUGAAAGCGGGGCCGUGAGGGGGGCGGAGCCGGACCGGACCCGCAGUCGCGGCAGAAGCGGCGCCGCCUCCCGCAACGCAGACCCAGGAAGCGGCCGGGCAAGCAGCAGCGAGCGGUGCGCCGCCAUGGAGCUCAGGGUCGGGAACAGGUACCGGCUGGGCCGCAAGAUCGGCAGCGGCUCCUUCGGAGACAUCUAUCUCGGUACGGACAUUGCUGCAGGAGAAGAAGUUGCCAUCAAGCUUGAAUGUGUCAAGACCAAACACCCUCAGCUCCACAUCGAGAGCAAAAUCUACAAAAUGAUGCAGGGAGGAGUGGGCAUCCCCACCAUCAGGUGGUGUGGAGCCGAAGGCGACUACAAUGUCAUGGUGAUGGAGCUGCUGGGCCCGAGCCUGGAAGACCUCUUCAACUUCUGCUCAAGGAAGUUCAGUCUUAAAACUGUUCUGCUGCUUGCCGACCAGAUGAUUAGUCGUAUUGAAUACAUUCAUUCAAAAAACUUCAUCCACCGAGAUGUGAAGCCAGAUAACUUCCUCAUGGGGCUGGGGAAGAAGGGCAACCUGGUCUAUAUCAUUGACUUUGGGCUGGCCAAGAAGUACCGGGACGCAAGGACCCACCAGCACAUCCCCUAUCGAGAGAAUAAGAACCUCACAGGCACGGCGCGGUAUGCCUCCAUCAACACACACCUCGGAAUCGAACAGUCUCGAAGGGACGACUUGGAGUCUCUGGGGUACGUGCUGAUGUACUUCAACCUGGGCUCUCUCCCCUGGCAGGGGCUGAAGGCUGCCACCAAGAGGCAGAAGUACGAGAGGAUCAGUGAGAAGAAAAUGUCCACUCCCAUCGAAGUGCUGUGCAAAGGCUAUCCCUCUGAAUUUGCCACCUACCUGAAUUUCUGCCGUUCCUUGCGCUUUGACGACAAGCCCGACUACUCCUACCUGCGCCAACUCUUCAGGAAUCUGUUCCAUCGCCAAGGCUUCUCCUAUGACUAUGUGUUCGACUGGAACAUGCUCAAGUUUGGUGCCAGCCGGGCCGCAGAUGAUGCCGAACGGGAACGCCGGGACCGAGAGGAGCGAUUGAGACACUCCCGGAAUCCAGCCACCCGCGGCCUCCCUUCCACGGCAUCUGGCCGCCUGCGGGGGACCCAGGAAGUGGCACCCCCCACACCCCUGACCCCUACCUCACACACGGCUAACACCUCUCCACGGCCCGUCUCCGGCAUGGAGCGAGAGCGGAAAGUGAGCAUGCGGCUGCACCGAGGGGCCCCAGUCAACGUCUCCUCGUCCGAUCUCACAGGCCGACAAGAUACCUCUCGCAUGUCCACCUCACAGAAUAGCAUUCCUUUCGAACACCACGGCAAGUAGCUGCUCGUCUCCAUCGGAAGGCAGCACUGGGCUCCGUGACUGGCACUCGUCCCCGGCACCUGGCUGCCUGUUGCUCUGGCCCCAUGCUGACCUUCUCCUGUGCUUUGGCUCCGACAGAUUCCCAGUCGGGUGGCUUCCAGUGGUCUUCAGUCUGUCGUGCACCGAUGAGAACUCUCCUUUUUGCUGUGAAGGGCAGACAAUGCAUGGCUGAUCUACUCUGUUACCAAUGGCUUUACUAGUGACACGCCCCCUGGUCUAGACCCGAAAUGUUCACACCGGGAGCUCUGCAGGCCACUCACCCAGCGAAUACAGACUGAGCAGACAGGCUCCAGAGCAGCCACCGCUGGGGCUGCCACCGCGGCCUCACAGAAGCUCAGUUACCACAGGGCUGGGAAGACGCAGAGUGCGGGCGACGUUGCAGAGACCCCGACUCCCCGCCAUGAGCCUCUCACCCCGCCAGUGGUGGCCGACCUGCACUCCCUGUGAUCCCACCGCGACUACCAGUCUUCUACUUGGUUAAGACAGUUUUGUAUCAUUUUGCUAAAAAUACUGGCUUAAAUCUGUGUAAAGAAAUCUGUCUUUUCACUGUUUCUUUCUUGUCUGUUUUUGCGGUCUUAAAAACGAUGCUGACUUUAAAGACUCCCGAGCCAGACGCUGGCUUGCUGUGUCUGUAGUCAGAGGGGCAGUGUGAGUGUCCAGGAUUGUGUUGUCUGUUUUCUGUGUUGCAUUGUCACUGGAGAGGGGACGUCUUGGCGGAAGCUGUGUGCGUCUGCGUCUCAGCCCCGGCCCGGUCCUGGCCUCUCGCUCACCCUCCCUUCUGUAAGCUGCAGCAUAGGAAGCCUGGCUGCUGCAGAGCAAGUGUGGCCAAUGUGUUUCGCAGAACGUGGUGCCUUUCUGCCCAGAGGAGCGAGGAGGAAGAGAGGGACUCGGAGGCCCCGGGCGCAGAGGCCUUGAGAGCACAUAAGACAGUGGGAGUCUGGAUUAAAGUGGAGUGUGCGAGUCCGACUUCCGGGAAGAGAUGAUGUAGGGGUUGUGUAUGGUAUUUUGGUAGUGUUUGUUGCCUUUAUGCCUUUGAAUUUGGAAAGUUUCUGAACAGACUGUUAAUACUGCAGUACAGAUUGGCACUUGGUUUGUGUCUUUGCCUGCUCAAAACCAGGACACAAGUUGUCCUCCUAGGCACCCAGGUUUGCCCAGAGAGCCUGAGAGGAGUCCACCCAGAGGUGCCAAGAGGCAGGUGACUCUGCCUGAGUCCAGAACCUUCACCUCCAGAAAGAUGUGCCACACGCUGUGACCUUCGGUCGGACAUCUAUGGGGGAGCUGCAGCUGGCCUGCCCUGUCUGUGACUGUGUCCACCACACGCACUGCUUGUUGGAGACAGCCACGGGACACGAUGCAGUCUGUGUUCGUGGGUCCAUCUCCGUUUCUCCCUGUCGGUGUGUGGAGAGAGCGCUGAGGGGACCCAGGUGCUCUUGGAGGGGCUAAUGGUGCCGCUGUGGCUUUUCCCUCCUAACCCAGAGAUCUCUGGCACAGAGCCCUGGCCCCAGGGCCACCGCUGGUGUGCGGUGGCGUUCCAGAGUGCAGCCAUUUGCUGUCCCAGCCGUCUGUCUGAGCUGUGGGUGCUCCUCCGCAUCCUGAGCUGGUUACUCUGCAAGCAUUUGGGGGUGUAGGGCCUUGGCCAGGGAGGCUUGUGUCUGGGUGUACAUUGGGAGCUCAGGUGGGUCUGACAGGGUCAGGGUGUCCAUGGUUGUGAGCCCCUUCAUCGGUGUUGGGCUCCCCUCUUGGUGAGCUGGCGGGGUGGCAGCAGCAGCCCUCCACACAGAUCCUUUGUAAAUAGCCGUGGUCCCCGGCGUAUAGCCAGAGGACAGGGCCAGGCAGCCUCCAGAUACUGCGCCAUGUGCAGCCUGGGCUGCUGGCUGCCCGGGAGUGGACCCGCCUGAGCCCCCGAGGGUGUGGCUGUGAUGUUCUUGCCCCAUAUUUAAUCCCCAUCACACUUACAGGAAACAUAGUUAGAAUGUGGGUAUCAACCUGUGUCUUGGUGACCAGUCUCUGAGCUGUGUGUUUGUACUACCACUGUAUUUGUGUACUUUAACAAUUGUGUAAAUAAUAAAUUCAUAAUGACUUCUAUGUUUCUUCCCUG